AUGGGCGACGCUUAUUGGCCCCAGGCUGAGGAAGACAUUGUGCAGCGCGGUAAAAGUGCCGAGUCAAUUGAAGAGAUCACAAACUUGAUCCGAGAGAAGAAGUCAAAAAUUGAAAAUCUAGGGGAUGAGGCAUGGCAGAAGGGUUUCGAGGAGGCCCAGAAAUACCUUGAUAAAUACCCAAAGCUCAAGCAAAAGGUUGAAGACAAUGCCGAGACCUUGCAAAAGGGCAAUCUUAAAGAUCUGUGGGGUCUUGUCAAGGAGAGCGCUUCUUCGGGUAAGACGGAGGAUGUGGAGAAGUACAUUACAGACAAGGUUGAACAAGCGAAGACAAGCAGCUUGGGUGACCUGGACAACAUCAUCCCUCAAUUGCAGUCACUACAGGCUAUCGCGCAAAAGAGUGGUAGUGAGGUAGAAGGUGUGUUGAAAGAGAGCGUUGAGGAAAUUCACAAUGUGCUCAAGAAACGAAAGGAGCAGGUGGAGAAGAGUGCCGCGGAAGAAAGAGAAGAGAGCAAAUGA